GCUGCAAGUUUUUCUGAUUUCGGAGGAGAUUUCUUAGUGGGUCUUAACCGACGGCGGCGGUGCUUUGCUGAAAGUCGAAAUGCCUGUUAAAAGAUCACUGAAAUUGGAUGGUAUGACAAAAGAAAAUUCAUUCGAACCUUCAAAAGUCACAAGAAAGAGAAGUAUUACAACUUAUUCUCCAACAACCGGAACUUGCCAAAUGAGCCCAUUUGCUUCUCCCAUAAGCUCUAGAGAACAAGAGUACAAAAAUGUGCCAUCAAAUGGAAAAAGAAAAAAAUUGAAUCAUCUCAGUUUUCCUGAAAGAAAAGAACCUACAACAAAAGACAAUGAUGAAUUCUUGGUAUUAUUAUCUAAAGUAGAGAAAUCAUCAGAAGAAGUAAUGGAAAUAAUGCAAAAUUUAAGCAGUAUGCAGGCUUUGGAGGGCAGUAGAGAGCUUGAAAAUCUCAUUGGUUUCUUCCAUGCACCACGAUUCUUAAAAAGAGAAAUGCAGAAAACAAAAGAACUAAUGAGAAAAGUAAUCAAAGAAAAACUUUUUGAAAAGAGUCCAGAACUUCCUAACAAAGAAUUAUGUCAUCUUGACAGCUAUGAAUUUCUCAAAGCCAUCUUAAACUAAGGCGUUUAGAAGAAAUGCAUUCACUAUGAACACCAACUUCUGCAUCUGCCUGAUCAUAUUUAAGGGAACAGAAGAAAUGUUUGUAAUUAAUCUGCCCAGUAAAUACCAGUUCAUAGCACUAGGCCAGGUGCUUGACUAGAUAAAAUUUCUUGCAGCUAAUUUAAACUUUCUGCACACACCAGUAGAUAAUCUCAAUGUAAAUAAUACAUUUCUUCUUGACCCUUUAAGCAAGCAUGUGGAAGAGAAUCUUGACUUGAAUAUUCUGCUGUAUCCUGAAUACUUCUGUAUACUUGUAGGAUCUACAGAUACUUAUUAAUAAAACAUUUAUGAAAAUGGCACCUCUGGUAGAGGUAUAUUUUAAAACUCAGACUAAAUUUCAUGGUGAGUUUAAUUAGGUACCAGUUUUCCCACUUAAAGUCUCAGAUAUGUUGGUCUUAACAAAAAAGAGCUACUGUUUCAGAGAUGAGUUUUUAUAUCGCUUUAUUCCCAUGUUCAUAUAGAAAAAUACUUUGUUUUAAAAAUUUCACACGUUUAUAAAACAUUGGAGUCCAUUUUUCAGUACCUUUAAACGUGAUGUUGUUUUUAAAUUGAGCUAAGCAGACUACUGUAUUUAAAGAAAAGGCCUUUCAUUUUGGUCAGUUUGUGAUCCCCUCCAAUUAUUUUGAAGCAUUAGUUGCUAUUUUUCUAUGGUGUUUAUAUCAGCAUGUAUUCUAUCACAAAACAAAGGUGAAAGGGAAUCACAAAAUGUUUUAUAAUUUGAUAACAUAUUAUUUAAACAUUUCUACUUUAUAUUUUACCAUUUCCACAGGUAGGUAAAUGCUGUCCCAUACUUAGGUAUUUGCCUUAAGUCUUGACAAAAUUAGACACCGUGUCAUCUAAUCCUGUGUAUCAUGAAAAUAAAAAUAUUGUGUAAAAAUCUAAACAAAAUUUAACAAAUUAAAAUUGAAGAUAACUAAUAACCCAUUAGAAAAAUGUCAGUUACCUCUUAAGACAGAAAUGAAUUACUGAUAAAAGAUUAUUUUAAAAAAAGACUAUUUAAAUGCUUCAAAAUUUAAAUGACAGGUACUAAACAACAACCAAAUUAUCAAGCCUAGUUGACUUUACUAAUGAUUUAUUAGUACUAUUUAAGAUUUUUAAGAUAAUCUAUCUGUUAAAUAUUAAGAACAGUGGAUAGUCCUUACAAAAAGUAUAAUUCCUUGGUGUCCUAUCAUUGAAUACUGAGCUUAGGAUAUGACAAAACAUAUAAAGAAAACUAUGUUAGUAGGAAAACAAAGGGUUAACAAGUAGAUUGGUUUCACAUGUAAUCCAAGUUAUGUAGGUAUGUGUUUAAUGCUAUUAAAUCGGUUAGUGUAUGUUUGACCUUUUGGUAUACUAAGCUUUUGCCUUUCAGAACAGCUGGGUCGGCUAAGAAUCAUUUCCCAGUUCUCUUCAUUGUAGAUCAGAUGACUCUCGCUUUAUCACCCCUGGAGGCCAUAUGAAGGACAAAGCAGGAAGAUCCACACACAAAACUAAUGUUUAUAUGGGGGGGAGGGGGAGGCCCAGAAGGAGGGGCUGGUAAGAUACACUUGGCCCUGAUCUUCCAAUGAACAUAACAGAAGAGAGACCAAUUGAGACUUAAAACCUUUGUGUUACUCCAACCAUUAUUCAGUUACAUCCUAUCCAUCUCUACUACUCUUUCUAUUGAACAGAGAAGCUUCUUUGGCUGCCCUGACUUUUGUAAAUGUUUCACUCACUUAGUUGUGGUUUAUCAUUUGGACAGAAUGCUACAUCGGGGAUUUUUCUCCCCUCCUUAAGGCCUCAAAGGAAAAUGACUUCUGUAUGCUUCUUAUUUGAUACAUUUGAUACACCCCUAUUCUCUUCAUUUUAAGAAACAAACGUACGUUUAUUGGCAGUAGAGAAAACUGCAUUUCUCAGAAACAUACUUCCCUCUAAAAUAAAAAUGUUAGAAGUUAGUUGAUAGGUAUAUUAGUGAAGAAAAUGAAGUCUUUAAUAGUGUUGCACAACCUAUCUUUAUGUUAAGACAUUCCUAGAAUCCUGAGUUUGAGAGAAGUGGUCUGAAAUUGCCUAUUUCUGUGACUCUAACUCAUCAUUGGACAUCUUGAGUAUUUUGAAACCUAAUUCCUCAAAGUUCCAACUGGAUUUACAAGUUUACAUAAAAGCUAUGACUUAAUUCAAUGCAGUUAGAAUAAGUCGUGUGGAAAAUGUUUUGUUUGCAGAAUUUGCCUUUAAGACCUUGAAUGUGGGUGCAUUUUAUUGUACUAAUGUCUAUAAAAUGUUUGUUUUCAAGUAAUGCUUCUCCAUUCCAUUUAUUUAGCAGUUAAAACUUCCUCAUCAUCAACUUAAAAUAACAAACUAUGUUAAAACACAA